AUGCGCUGGUCAUUUCUGACCGUAUUACUGUGGCUCGUAUCUCUUACGGGUGCAGAGAACGGUUUCAAUGGAUGGCUACGAUAUGCCCCUGUGCAGUGCGACAAACGCUGCCAGCGGGCGUUACCGUCGAGCAUUGUUACGUUGAAUAGCACCGACUCAGGCCCUAUAGGUACUGCUAGUCAGGAACUGCAAGCUGGACUGGAGAACAUCGUUGGCAAGCAACUGUCUAUCAAGCGUUCCAGCUGUGGUUCGCGCUCAUCGAUUCUGGUCGCUACCCUCGAGCAAUACCGCCAAGCCUGCAAUAGAAGCUCCGAAGUCCCUUCUCUUGGCAUUGACGGCUUCUGGUUGCGUGCUUACGGUGAUACCGUGCAGAUUGUAGGAGAAAAUGAAAGGGGUGCACUGUACGGAGCUUUUGAGUAUCUCUCGCUCCUUGCGCAGGGCAACUUCUCUCACGUCGAUUAUACCACCAGUGCGCAUGCACCAGUUCGAUGGGUGAAUCAGUGGGAUAAUAUGGAUGGGAGCAUCGAGCGUGGAUAUGCAGGGCCGUCCAUAUUCUUCGAAGAUGGCCACAUUGUUGAGGAUCUAUCCCGUGUCAAACAGUACGCUCGCCUUCUAGCGUCGAUCCGAAUCAAUGGUGUUAUCGUCAACAAUGUCAAUGCCAAUGCAACCCUCUUGACUUCCCAGAACAUGGAUGGCUUGGCUCGCAUUGCAAAUGUUUUUCGGCCGUAUGGCAUCCAGAUCGGCAUCUCUCUCAACUUUGCUUCGCCAGAUACCUUGGGUGGCCUAGGCACUUACGACCCACUUGAUCCGUCCGUCAUCUCCUGGUGGGCAAACAUUACUGAUAGCUUGUAUGACCGCGUGCCAGAUAUGGCUGGGUAUCUGGUAAAAGCCAGCUCUGAAGGACAGCCUGGUCCUGAUACAUACAAUCGCACUCUAGCCGAGGGAGCCAACGUCUUUGCCAAAGCCCUACAACCGCACGGCGGGAUCCUUAUGUUUCGCACGUUUGUCUACGACCACCAUAUUAACGAAUCUAUCUGGACAAAUGACAGAGCCAACGCACAAGUGGACUUUUUCAAGGAACUAGAUGGCCAGUUUGAGGAUAACAUAAAAUAUGGGCCCAUUGAUUUCCAAGUCCGUGAGCCGGUGUCUCCUCUGUUUGCCAACCUCUACAAAACCAACAUGGCUAUCGAAUUGCAGGUCACUCAAGAAUAUUUAGGCCAACAGGAUCACUUAGUCUAUCUAUCCCCACUGUGGAAAGAGCUUUUAGAUUUUGACCUCCGCGUCGACCACCAACCGUCACUUGUUCGCGACAUAGUCUCGGGGCAACGGUUCGAUCGCCAACUAGGCGGAUGGGCAGCGGUGGUUAAUGUUGGAACGAACACAACAUGGCUAGGCAGCCAUCUAGCAAUGUCUAACUUGUAUGCUUAUGGCCGCCUGGCGUGGAGUCCCACGGACGAUUCGCAAGGCAUCCUACAGGACUGGAUUCGCCUUACCUUUGGACGUGAUCAAAAUGUGUUGGAUGCCAUCACUGACAUGUCUAUGGCAUCGUGGCCUGCGUACGAAAACUACACGGGGAACCUGGGCAUCCAAACAUUGACCGAUAUUCUUUACACGCACUACGGCCCUAACCCCGCGUCGCAGGAUAAUAAUGGCUGGGGGCAAUGGACCCGCGCCGACCACGACACGAUCGGAAUGGAUCGCACCGUUAAGAAUGGCACAGGGAAUGCAGGCCAGUAUCCAGCCGAAAUUGCACAGGUGUACGAGGACCUCGACAGCACGCCGGAUGACCUGCUGCUUUGGUUCCACCACGUUCCGUAUACCCACCGUCUCCACUCCGGGAAAACCGUCAUCCAACACUUUUACGACGCACACUAUGACGGUGCAGAGACAGCACAUCGCUUUCUAUCCCAGUGGGAAUCUCUCAAAGGUCGUAUUGACCAGCAACGCUACAAUGAAGUACUGUCUCGCUUAGUCUACCAGGCUGGGCACUCUCUUGUAUGGAGGGACGCCAUCAACAACUUUUACUGGAACAUGUCGGGAAUCUCAGAUGAAAAGAACCGACUGGGCCAUCAUCCAUGGCGGGUGGAAGCGGAGUCUAUGACCUUGGACGGCUAUGAGCCGUACACCGUGAGUCCUUUUGAGACCGCGUCUAAUUAUAAAGCGGUGGUUACAACCUCAAAUUCCACCACUGGCACAGCUCAGACGAAACUUCAAUUUCCUUCGGGCACCUAUGACCUCGGUGUCAACUACUAUGACAUGUAUGGUGGGAAAUCCGAGUGGACAGUUUAUGUUAAUGACCGCGUUGUGGGACAAUGGGAGGGGAACAGCGAGAACACUCUGGGGCAUACACCUUCCAUCUAUAUUGACGGCCAUUCCGCUACCCGGAUCACGUUCCGGGGCGUGGAAAUUGAGAACGGUGACCAGUUGAAAAUUGUCGGCGUGCCCGACGGCGUUGAACCUGCUCCUUUGGACUACGUGGUUCUACUUCCACCAGAUGUAGUGGACUAG